UUUUAACAUUUCGAACUGAAAAAUAGGUUGGCGCUAUCUGCACAUCUUUGAUUCUGCAAGACGUGACUAAAAUAAACACACUUUGCGAUUGUGUUUCCUGCACUGGCAGAUUACAGUUAGUUGGUUCCGGCAUACACUAUGUCAAUCAUGCGCUUGCUGGUGUUUAUGGUAAUGGUUUGUGUGCUUCUACAAACUGUUCAAGCUCUACAUUACCGCGGCGGAACAUUUUACUGGAAGAGGAUCACCGAUAAGAAGGUGAAAAUUUUUUGGCGCCUGUCUUUUCAAAAAAGUGAAGGAACGUACCCGUGCCACAACGUAGGCGAUAAAAUAUUUGCUGAAUACUUGAAUAUUUUGAGAUGCAAAACGUGUGUAUAUGACCAAACUAUCAUCCAAAAGCUUCCAUUGACAUGCAUAUCAAGUAGCACAGAAAACGAUUGGAAUCUGUUUGAAGGCUCAAUGACAUAUGAAGCUGAAAGUAGUACCUUUGUAAUGAGCUAUGAAACAGAAGGGCGUUGUACAGACAGCAGUUGGUUAUAUCUUCAAAAUUUUGGAUCUGGAAGGUGCUGGAACCUGUUAACUCAAGUUGACUUGUCGAUUACCAAUGAUUCUCCCCGGGUAGUGGCUGGUAUUCCUCUCCAACGUGUCCGACAAGGCUGCGAAACGUUGAUUGAUCUAAAACCUACUGAUCCUAACGGUGAUAUUAUCAGAUGUCGUUGGGCGGAUCCUAGCAAACAGAAUCCGUCAGAAUGCCCUGGCGACGCCGGGAAUGCUCGUGUUUGUGGGAGUCCAAGUGAAGAACACGCCGAGAUAUUCGAGGACACUUGCAAGAUUAAAUUCCAAGCAGAAGGGGCACUGAUUGGUUAUUAUGGAGUGUCGGUAAUGAUUGAAGAUUUUGACGAAGACGACCUUCAUACACCAAAGAGCACUGUACCGUACCAAUUUUUAAUUCAAGUCACUGAACCCGGAUCAUGUGUCGGGCCUACCGUAACAUUAGAUGAAGACUGUGCGAUUAUAAAACCCGACGAAUUGUGGCAAGCUAUAGUUACUGCAGAACUGCCCAGUGGUUCAGAUGGAAACCGAGUUGAAGAACUUAUGUAUAGUUUACCGAGGGAAAUGACUUACACUGAAGAUAAUCCACCACCAGGAGGCUACGUUCAAAGUACUCUAUCACUUCAAACCACCGAAAUCGGAGAGUAUGACUACAGUAUAACGGCAACAGAUGAUUACGGAACCCAAGGACCUACUGCUUUCGGAAAAGUUUACGUUACGAAUGAUGAUGAAGUUACAGCACCGGACCCUCCUCAGAUUCUCAUCCAUGAAUCUUUUCCGAGAAGCAAUACCGAAUUGGAUGAGACGUUAAUCGAUUGGUUUAUUAAAUUUGAUUCACCGGUUUCAAGGCCAGAGAAUAGCGCCUACGUUACUAUCACGGAUGUUACAAUGAGGACAACAUUUGCCCGAUACGACGCAUCAAACCCCGAUGAAGUAGAUUUUCCGACAGAUGAUCCAACGAUUGCUCGAUACAAGGCGCCAACAAAUUUAAUUGGUGGUCGAGAAUACCUCAUUCAAAUAGACGAAAGUUUCGGGGUUGUCAAAUAUACAGCACUUUGUUAUCGAUCCGCCAUUAAAUCAGAUCGUUCGCUUUACAAUUUCAAGAAUCAAGAAGUCGUCUGACCUUACUCGCUUCAUCAAUAUUUUAAGAGAUGACCCGGAGCCUUAUAAAACAAGCACUUUAAUCACUCGUGCACAGAGACAGGUCAACAUACGGAUUAUCUGUGAAGUCAAAGGUGUCGGAAUUGCCAAUGUGUUUUUCAAUCCCGACACAUCGGUAGAAUCAAGUACGUUCAAAGCUACAACUACAUUAGAAGCCAACCUCGAGCUGUACGAAGACAAGAGUUACAGUACAUUGGUUCCAUACGGCACUGCAAAGGGAGUCAAGUUCCCGGAACGGCUGUUCUUCACGGCAAGAGCACAGGAUAGCAGUAAGGAGGUCGCCAUCGAAAGUUGCAGAGCAACGGCAAAGUAUAAGACGUGUUCCAAAUUUGACAAGAAGUAUGAAUUCAUCAGCAACGGUUGUCCAGUGGACGACACCGUCCAGUUCACUUCAUCGGGUUUCCUUGAUCAAAAGCGGUUUUCUAUCGAGACAUUUGCGAUGAUCAAUUAUGGUAUAGAUGAUACAGUGUGGGUAAUGUGUUCAUUCCUAACAUGUGAUAAAUCGGACACCCAGUCGGCAUGUAAAGAUAUGAACUCACCGAUUUGUGGCUCGCCUACUGUUGGUAAACGGAGGAAAAGAAGUGCUGCAGAUGUUGUUACCCAGGCCUUCAUGGAAUUACAACUUGACAUGGAGUAAAUUGGCUGAAAUUUCAAUAAAACUGUACCCUUUAGGACGAUUCACUCAAUCAAUUAAUUGGGUAUUUCGGGUAAUUGGUUAUUAUAGUGGUGUAUUCUCACUAUGCCAAAAACACGUUAAAAUGACGUAUGACUUGCGCUAAACAAUAUAAAUAUAAAAUAAAAAUAAUCACUCUCUAGUAAAAAUCGCAUUAUGGAAAUUAGCUAACUUAGAUUCUUGCAAAUCCAUUGAAUGUAUUAUGUAUAAUCAUGAUUAUCUAUCAAAAUAUGUGUGACAAUUAGAUUUUAAGAAAGACGUUCACUCUUUGAACCAUUUUAGUUAUAAGCAAGGAGUUCGAAGCAUACACGUACAAUUAGGCCUAUAUGUAGAGGAAAUAAAUUGUAUUGCAAGUAUGUUUUGCUUAUGUUUUAUAUUUGGAUCAAAGUUCAAUAAUUAUUGUUGCACAUCCACGUACAUUAUUAAAAAUUUUCAAUUAACAAUUUUCAUGUAUAGCCUAUAGCGCAAUGCAUACUGCAUCUAUACGUACCAACAUUAAAUGCGGUAAAUAGAUAUUAA